CCGAGGCCGCUGGUUAGUACUGACCUGGCUUCCGACGCAUUGUACUUCUUUUGGCAGUUGUCUCAGUGCGUUCUUCCUGGGACCAGUCCACAGUUUUGUGUGUGAGUGAGAUGGAGGCUGAUCUGUCUGGCUUUAACAUCGAUGAACCCCGUUGGGACCAAUGUAGUUUCCUGGGACGGGUGAAACACUUCUUCAAUAUCACAGACCCACGCACUGUCCUGGUACCAGAGCGGGAGUUGGACUGGGCCAAGGUGAUGGUGGAGAAGAGCAGAAUGGGGGUCGUGCCCCCAGGCACUCAAGUGGAGCAGCUGCUGUACGCCAAGAAGCUGUACGACUCAGCCUUCCACCCUGACACCGGGGAGAAGAUGAACGUCAUUGGCCGGAUGUCCUUCCAGGUCCCCGGCGGCAUGAUUAUCACAGGCUUCAUGCUUCAGUUCUACAGGACGAUGCCGGCGGUGAUCUUCUGGCAGUGGGUGAACCAGUCCUUCAAUGCCUUAGUCAACUAUACCAACAGGAAUGCAGCUUCCCCCACGUCCCUCAGGCAGAUGGCCCUUUCCUACAUCACAGCCACAACCACUGCGGUGGCCACCGCUGUGGGCAUGAACAUGUUGACCAAGAGAGCUCCACCCCUGGUGGGCCGCUGGGUGCCCUUUGCCGCUGUGGCUGCUGCUAACUGUGUCAACAUCCCAAUGAUGCGACAGCAGGAACUCAUCCAGGGGAUCUGCGUGAAGGACAGGAAUCACAAUGAGAUCGGUCAUUCCCGGAGAGCUGCAGCCAUCGGCAUCACCCAAGUGGUUGUUUCUCGGAUCACCAUGGCUGCCCCUGGCAUGAUCUUGCUGCCAGUCAUCAUGGAAAGGCUGGAAAAGCUGCAUUUCAUGAAGAAAGUCAAGGUCCUGCAUGCCCCAUUGCAAGUUUUGCUGUCUGGCUGCUUCCUCAUCUUCAUGGUGCCAGUGGCUUGUGGGCUCUUCCCACAGAAAUGUGAAUUGUCAGUUUCUUAUCUGGAACCAGAACUCCAAGACACCAUCAAGGCCAAGUAUGGAGAACUUGUGCCUUACGUCUACUUCAAUAAGGGCCUCUAAAUGGCCCAUCCCAGCAAGGAUCAGUCUGUACUGAUAUUCACCAGUCCUUCCUUAGCUGCUUUGUACACCUAUGCCCUCACUGCUCUGCCAACAGGGCCUAAAAGUCAAGGUGGAUUUGGGGGUGGGGUGGGAGCCUCCUGUUUUCACCCAGGCACCUGGGUUAUUGGACUCCAGGGGAUAAAAGUGAACAAGGGGAGCAAAGACCAAGUCUUCUCUCUGCUACCCCUUACCCCCAACUACCAUCCUCUCUAGACCAGGAGCUGAGAUUCCCUGAGGGAGAAGUUGCUGGAACCUGGGGGAGAUACUCAAGCAAACCAUUUGGAAAAAUUUGGAGGGUGGGGAGAAACCAUUAGGAAACCUUUAGAAUUGUAGUUUCAGCCAGGACUGGGGGAGAGCCCCUGGGACAAAGGGAAGCUCCCACCCCUGUUUCUUCUUCCCUUUCUCCUCAUCUUGUCUCAUACUAUGGAAACUUUUGCCCCUGCAGUUCUAGGCAACUGAGAAAGGGUGAGGGAAGAAGUCUGUUGUCACCUUGGGGCUCUUCUUCUUCCCCAUUCUCCUCCCCAGUGCCCUCUUGUCAGAAAGUGUCUUUGGGAAUGCUGCUAAAUUUGGGUUGACCAAGCACCCAGGAGUGCUAAAAAAAAAUGGCCACUGCAUGAGGCAACAAAGUUUUGUGGUGCUCUAAGCCCUGUGACACUGACUUUGUUCUCCUGUGCUAAAAUCAUGUCUGAUUUUACAUUUGUUUAAAAGAUAAAUCCUAACUGUGUAUAAAAACUAUGUAUGGAGGUAUUAAUAACACAUUUUAAUGGGUGUAUUUCCCCAAUUUCCCUUCCUCAGCCCAUUGGGUUAAACACCAAAGACUGGUAUGUACUGGAUAGGGAAGGGGCGUUUUAUCUGGAUACCUCUGAGAACUAAUCAGCCAGGACCAAAGAGCCUUAAAGGACACACAGCAAAGUGUAGCCACUUGCCCUUCCCAUCUGGGCUGCUCUAGGUGAUUUUUCAGGCUGGGGUGCGGUGGUCAUGGAGACCACUGUGGCUUACCUGGGAUCAAUGUCUGUAUUGAGUUCUGUCUGGUAGAAUUUACUGACUAUUCAAGUGAUAUCACUGUGAAUCAAAUAAAUUUCUUGAAAGAGCACAGUGAACUGUCUAUAGACUGAGUUAAUAAAGCCUGGACGAAAAGCA